AAGUAGGACGUCGUAAGUUAGCGAUAUUAGCUGGCAGUUAAGCCUUUUUGUUGUGGUUAGCUUGAAAUUCUUAUUGAGAAGGGCAUCCCCAAAGCGACGACGACGUCAUCGCUUGUGCAUUUGUUGAAGUGAUGAGUCACCAUUGUUGUGAACACCGUGCUCUUUCGUAGUUUGGCGUUUUGAUAUUUUGAUUUUUCUGUCAUCUUUGAACUGUCAGAUGAAAUUGCGUGAUUUGUUUGAUAGCUGCUUUGAUAACGCGGAAAUAAAUUGAUUCGGGCCAUUUGGAUCGUUUUAACAUUUCAAGUACUUUAUUGCGUAAAUUGCAGUUCGAGUGUAGUCUGGAACUUUUUGAAAAUACAGUGUUAUUGAAAAGAACUGAUGACAAUGAAGCUGGAAGUUAGUGACAGCCAUUCGAACCACUCCGACUUCUCCUGUGAUGACAGUCAAUCUUCACAGGGGUCCUCCACAAAUGACUUCGUGUCCUCGGUGCCAACCUCCAGACCUUUGCUCUCGUUGGCAAACCUUGAGGGCCUCCAGUCGGGGGUCCCGACCAGAACCACGGCGACCAUCACGCCCACCCAGCUACGCAACUUCGAGCAGACCUACAUCGAGCUCGGAAACUGCCGCAGUGAGCAGACCAGCCACGCCGGCUUCGUGCCCCCUUCGGUCACGCACGCCAAUAACCAUUACGGCAUCCUGAAUCAAGUGGGGUACUGCGAGUCGGGCCCGACGACGGCGCUGCACGUGUCGCCGGGCCCGCUCUCCGCCAGCGGAGACAGCAGCAGCAGCCCUGGGCUGCCCGCGCCUAAGCGCCGCAACAUGGGCGGCCGGCGCCCUACCAAGGCGCCGCAAGACAUCUCCCCCGAAGAGGAAGAGAGAAGGAAGAUCCGGCGCGAACGCAACAAGAUGGCCGCCGCGAGGUGCCGCAAGCGCAGACUGGAUCACACCAACGAAUUGCAAGAUGAGACUGACAAGUUGGAGGAGAAGAAACGCUCGCUCGAAGAUGAAUUGAGGAGGUUGGGCGCAGAAAGAGAGCAGUUGCAGUCGGUUCUUCAGCGCCAUCUGUUGUCGUGUCGGCUGAGCAAGCGGUCCUCGAGCCCGCCCGACGUGAAGCCUUUCAACGACCCGUACGAGUACCCCGCGAUAGCUGACGACGGCGUGCGAGUCAAAGUGGAGGCGGUGGAACCCGCCAUGGAUCCCGUCAUAGCGUUGGAUAGCGAUAUCUUCACUUCGCCGAUGCCAGACAAAAGGAUAAUGUUAUCGGCGGCGAACCCGGCGGUGGUGACGUCAGCAUCUGUGGUGACGCUGGACACGCCGCCCGCCGCGCGGCCCUCGCGGCCCACCUUCCUCCACGUGCCGCUACAAGCCAACCCUGCACAGAACCACAAAAUCAAAGCGCUCGCCAACACGGACGCGCCCGGCGUAGAGAUCAGCACACCAAGCAACGGGAUCCCGUUCAACUUCGACAGCCUGAUGGAAGGCGGCACCGGCCUCACGCCCGUCCACCCGCACCCCGCGCCGCGCGCCGCUCUCGCGCCCGACCACGCCAGCCUGGUCAGCCUCUGAGAACACCUCGACGCCGCCUACCCGCUGUUCGCGGCGCUCGACGCGCUCUAGGUGGCGCCACUGACGCGGUAACGCUACCGUUAUUUUGAAUGUUCGAGUCGCGUUAUUUUUGGAUUUUUCAUCUGUGGUCUGUGAUCAGCUGGCUUAGAGCGUAAG